AUGACCGGAAGUCCUCCUGUAAUGACACAGGAUGAGGACCAGGCAGAUAUAGCCUCUUUCUUGAAACCGCUGCGAGUAUGCGAUUCCACUCUUUAUGGUCUUGCCUGCUCAUUCUCCAAAGUGUUCCAGAAGCUUGCCUCGACCUGUGAUGAUGGGCUCUUCUGCCCUGUCCCAGUCACGUAUCUUCCAGGGGGCCAGGAGAGCGGGCGAUACUUGGCGGUAGAUGUAGGAAUCACCACCUUGAGAGUCGCUUUUAUCGAGCUGCUGGGGGAGACGUCAUAUGGCGACCUGCCUGCAGCUGGGAAGGAGGCGAAAUCGCAAACCGUGAUCCGUCGAGCGCAGCUGCCCCGUGUGAGAAGAGUCCUAGAGAAGGCAUGGAGAAUCGAGGAGCGUCUUAAAAACGACCAGGCCCAUGAACUCUUUUCGUGGAUUGGAAAUUGCAUUGCGGAAGUGGUUAAAGACGAUCUGACGUCCAGUUCUUCGACGGGAGACUUCCCUCCGUACAUCGAAACAGGAAUCGCAUUCAGUCUGCCCAUCAAACAGAAUUCCCUUCAAGAGGCGACUCUGAUGCCCACAGGCAAGGGUUUCACCAUUGGCACUGACCUCGACUUGCGGAAAUCGCUUCUGGAGGGCUACGAACGCCAUACUCGCCGAACAGACGACAUGGAGCAAUCGGCGAAACGCCGGAGACGAUAUGUGCUGCCGAGAUUGAAGAUUAUUGCUCUCACCAACGAUACCGUGGCGACUCUUCUCUCCCUCGCCUAUUCUAUCAAAUCAUUCCCCAACAGCCGGGUUGCGAUGGGCAUCGUGGUCGGCACGGGCUGCAAUGCCACCAUUCCAAUGAUGCUGUCUGAUUUGCAUCCGUCAAAGGCUCGGCAGAUAUUGUCCUACGAAGCUAACGCGGCGCAGGCGCUGGUUAGUACAGAAUGGACUCUACACGGGGCUGCAUCACCUCUCCAUGAGCAUGGCAUUAUCACCGAAUGGGAUCGCAAAUUAGAUGCCCGCACCGCUCGCCCCGGCUUUCAGCCACUCGAAUAUAUGACUGGCGGUCGCUAUAUCGGCGAGCUUAUCCGGAUCAUCUGCCACGAUUAUUUUACGACAACACUGCGUGUCCCUGAAGAGGCUCUCCCGGGGCGUCUUGUUGAGGAAUACGGACUGACGACUGCAUUCAUCACCGAUAUUGUGUCUGCACCCUAUUCAGACGAGAUCCUUGCCGCGAAUCUUGGUCGUGAUCUUCCGCCACCGGCGUCGAGCGAGUGGUCUUGGUCCCCUAAAGCCGCAGGCGUCCUUCGAACCGUCGCCCAUGCCGUUCUGACUCGCUCGGCGGCUCUGAUCGCUGCUGCGACAGUUGGGUUGCUUGCUUGUAACCACGAGGUUUCACUCAAGGAGCCUCGAUCAUCAUCGAGUUCGUCUGCGACUGGGGACGUGCGUGAGGACACCUUUGCGUCUACGCGUGAUUGGAAAGGUGGGCCUGAGGAGUUGGUUGUAGCGUACAUCGGCGGCAUCAUCCAGCAUUAUCCCAACUUUAAGGAGAAUUGCCAGCGUUACAUCGAUCGCUUGGUCAUCAUGGGUGGGCCACAGGAAGGCGGUAAGAGCAUCCUCUUAAGGGAAGCCAAUGAUGGAGUAAUUAUUGGUGCCGGCGUAUUGGCAGGUAUGGUUGCACACAAAUACAAGGGCAAGUGA